CUUCUUCAGCAAUUAAGGUUUCUAAAAAUGAAUUUUAAAAAGGGUUAAACACGUUUAAAAUUACGUUUUCAAAAAUCACGGUAUAAUUUUCAGACUUUCCACUUGCAUUGACUGACUUAUACCACUAUGGAGUCGUCUAGAUCUGACUCAAUCGCAGAGCCUCAUCACAACAUGCAAGACUAUGAUACAAACAGUCCUCCCAAUUCAAGACUCUUCGUCGUUUGUAGCAAGACUUUUUCCGAGGAUGAUAUCAGAGAAAUCUUCUCAUCGCAUGGCGAAAUUCAGGAUGUCUACAUAAUACGUGACAAAACUCCCUCUCGAGCCAGCAAAGGAGUGUGCUUCAUUAAGUUUUACAAGUCAUCGGACGCUUGUAAAGCGAUGGAGGAGCUGAACGGCAAACAUGUAAAAGACUCGGAAAGACCUAUCAAAGUGCUUAUGGCACAGAGCCGCACCAACGAGAGGUCCUGGUCGUACCCCUCCGGAGGGUCUAACUCCCAUGGACUUGCGAGUAGUAGGGGUGCUGCGUUUGCGACUGAGGAGGAACAACUGGACAAUCUACUGCGUCUGUUUGUGACUGUGGACAAGAAACAAACUCAAGACCAGAUCAAAAAUUAUUUUCAGAAGUUUGGAAUCGUUGAUCACGUCCACAUACUCAAGGAUAAGGAAUCUGGUGAGUCACGUGGCGUGGCUUAUGUGAAGUUCUACCGAGCGAGUCACGCAGCCCAGGCUCUGGAGGAGGCUGCUCCGGAGUACAAGGCUAUUCUCGCGGAUCCCAGACCCCCAAAGGGAGGCCCGGUCAUCCCCUCGAACCAGUCGUACACGUAUAGUGUAGGACCCUAUAACUCGCAUAACUCGUUUGCUGUGCCUAACAUGUACGGAUCUAAGAAUGGAGCCUCUCCUAACGACUCUGUUGGUCAUCACUCUAUGCAUCACCCAGGCUAUCAGCCUCCGGUCUUUGGUUACUCCUCGAAUGGUCUCAGUCCCAAUGGUGCUCCACCCAUCACGCCUCUCUUCCCACCGGCGCCACCACCUACCAACCACCCCCACGCGCUCAGCAACGCCGGUGCUGCUGGAGCCGGACUGACCGCAAUGCUUCAAAUGGCUGCUUGCGGCGACGAUGGUGCAGUAACUUCAUGGAUUAGUCCCCCACACCCAGCUGGAAACAACCCCGCACCCACCAAUUUGACCGCUCAGGUACUGCCAUCAUACGAGCAUAUCAACAUGGCCUGUAGAACUCUAGGCUACUCGUCUUGCCGCAUUCUGGCCACGGUGGAUCCGAGGUCAUCUGAAAGCCAGUUGAGAGGAAUCUUUGAUCUGAUUCCAGGACUGGAGUCUUUUAGACUCGGAGGCGAUAAUAGAAAGCAAGGAUCGAAUGGAAAUGCCUACGUUAAUUACGCUACACCUUUUGCGGCCUACUACGCAUCUCAGAAACUAAAUGGACUUGAGUUCCCACCGGGUUUCAAAAUAACCGCGAAGCAUUUAGAUGACACCUACUCGGAUAGCAAUAGUGCCAGGUACACUAACAACAACGUUGCCUCAAACAUGAGCGGUCCAGCUCAUAUCAUGAACCUGCAAAUGUCACGUGCAAUGCUUUUGGGACACCUAGGAGCCGUUGGAAACAUCAAUACAAUGUCAAUGGCCAACGGGCCUUCUUUAGUAAAGAAUGGAUCCCCGAAAACAUUUCAGAGCACGUCGGUUCCAAUGCCGACGAUGGGAACCGGCGAUUCUCAGGAAAUGGAGAUGAUAGUCAAUGGAGCUAGAGGGUUUGUGUACCAGCCUGCCAUUCACACAAAUGCAGUCAGUGCUUCAGCAGAGAGCUACCCUAGUUUCACGUCAUCGUCCAGCGGAGGAAGUGCCUCUAAUGGACCGACUCUUGCCAAAAACUCGUCCACAGGGAAUCUGCAGAAUCAGGGAUCAGCUGAUCAGAGCGGCAGGAAAACGAAAAGAGGCUUAAAUAACGGGGGAUCCAAUGGAAACCAAAAUAGAAGAAACAAUUCAACAGGGGCACUAAAGAAUAGCAGCAGCAGCAACAAUGGAGCCGCGACUAGCCAAUCACAGCAGAGAAACUUCGUGUCUUCGUCGGCGUCUAGCGGCGGUAGCACGGGGAACGUAGUGUCUUUAACCAACGGUGCAGCAACAGCAGCCGCCGCCGCAACUAACGGAUCGUACUGACUUACAACUAGCCAAAAGAGAAAUAAGAAACAAAAUAAACCAAAACACAAUGUAAAGCUCUACAACAAACUAUAAAAACACAACCAGGAGUUCAUCAUGUAGUACCAAAACAUGAAUGAACAUGCGAAGUAAUUCUUUCCUUAUUAUUACUAAUACUAACUUUGGUACUUAUAUUUGUAGUCAAUUAUGUUUUUCGGGCCAGUUAAGACUGGAUAGUGUGUUCAUAAAUAUCGCCAAGUUAAUAACCGGAAGAAAACGGAUGAAAAACUGGCCCGUAACUCUGGUACUCUAGACUUUAAAAGUUGAAGCUACUACAAUACUAAAAAAAUACUGCUGAGCAGUUGAACCAUUUAAGUUAACGAUCUACAGAAAAGUUCACUUGUGGCGCUUGCCUCUGGUGACUGGCAUCAGAACCACUCAUCAUACAAUGUGCAGAUUUAAAAUUAGUGUCUGUUAUCGCGGACUAAUCGUGUCAUUGCUACUAACUACUAAAGGAAUCACUAGAAGUCGAAUGAAUCUGGUUGUCAUUCGUGAAUGUUCUCCCUUAUAUCAUAGAUAAUUAUAGAAUAUAGAAAAUGUUCGGCUUUCCGAACUUUCUAAGAUUUGAUUGGACGAUGGAAAUUAAGUUUAAGCUAGUUUGCUAUGUAUAUCAGCCUGUUUUAUUGGAUCACUAUGAUAUUAGGGGACGUUUUCACAACCAAUGCUCUAGUGCCCCAACCCAAGAUUGUGAAUGAGUAAUUCCUCGACCUAUCGCCAACCAAUGUAACUAAACGACCAAACCAAGAGGCCUUUUGUUAACAUUCACUGACAUCGAAAUCUCCAACCAGUACAUGUAACUUAAUCCAACCAAUCCAGAAGUUAUAAUCUAAAUUGUUAAUCAAAUUCAACUUGUAGAAAAAGACCACUGCUAUGUGAUAUGAUAUGUAGUAUUUUACCUGGAUUCUCUUUACAAUUAGUUUGUUUUUGAAACUUAGCCAUAGAAGCAUUAAUUGUCCAAGUCUAAAUAUCCAUAGUUUUAUUUGUGCCUACUUCUGAGAAAUUUAAUGUCAUUUAUUUUCUAAGCCGAAAUGUUGUGUAGUUUGUGAGUCUUUGCACCAAGUAUGAAUUUCGUUGAAUUUGUACUUUUGAAAUUUUGGUCUGAUUUGAAGGAUUUCAAUAACGUGUCGCUAAAAGGAUUCAUGCAAAGAGCUACUGGACAGGUUAAAAUUGGGGCUAAUAUAGAGUGUAGUUGCCUACUAGUAUCGAUUGAUCAGCUCAGGUGUUUAUUUUCCAAUGUAAGACUCUCCUCCCCUUUUGAUUCCACACACUAGAGUGCACCAAGUGAUAUUAAUCAGUAGAAACCAAGUUUGACAAUUUGGCGAUGUUGUUUUGCACUGCCCCCCCCCCCCCCCCCUCAUCUUUGCUUCCGUGCUGUGUUUCCGAGAAAUGCAAGUGUGAAGUUGUAAUAGAAGUGCAUAUAUAGAUGUAUUUGUUGUGAGCUCGUUCGUCGACACACAGAAACCGCGAGUGGAGAAGCAUUUAAAUGAAGAUAGAUGAUAUAUUAUUCGAUAUCAAUAUAUUUGAUUUAUUUUGUUUGCUAUUCUAAUCUAAUUUUAAUUUGCUGCUCCUUUAAGCCAGCGUUUCCUAAAUUCAGUAUUUUAACUCACC